AUGCGCAACCUGUGGGCUGCAAGGUCACAGCCAAUCAAUCGGGCAGCACCCAUAUACCCGGCGUUCACAGAGCAGGAACGAAGCGAUCUUUCACAGCAUGGAGUUUGGGAGCCGCUGGCUGACUAUCGGACAAUCACUUUUAAAUCCGCGCAGGCUCGCUUUGCGUCGACCCAGGCAGCGCCAGCCCAGCCCUUCUUAGCAUCGCGUACUGCGGUGGCCGGCGCCACAGCGCUCACGCUGGGCUCGAUCGCGCUGUACACGCAGGUCUAUGGCGAGCUUCCAUUCCUGCCCGUCGCACAUGCGAAUGCCAAGGAUGAGGGCUUGCACCCACCGCACUACCCGUGGUCGCACAGUGGCAUCUUUGACACUUUCGACCAUGCGUCCAUCCGCCGCGGCUACCAGGUGUACCGCGAGGUUUGCUCGUCAUGCCACUCGUUGAACCGUGUUGCGUGGCGCAAUCUCGUCGGCGUGUCGCACACGGUUGACGAGGUCAAGGCGAUGGCCGAGGAGGUCGAGUAUGAGGACGGCCCUAACGACAAUGGCGACAUGUUCCAGCGCCCCGGCAAGCUGGCAGACUACAUGCCGCCUCCGUACGCGAACGAUGAGCAGGCCCGCGCCGGCAACGGCGGUGCCCUCCCACCAGACCUGUCGCUGAUCACCAAGGCUAGGCACGGCGGUGCGGACUACAUUUUCUCCCUGCUCACCGGUUACACCGACGCCCCUGCCGGUGUCGAGGUCCCUGACGGAAUGCACUACAACUCGUACUUCCCGGGGACGCAAAUCGCCAUGGCGCGUGUGCUGUACACGGGGCUGGUCGAGUACGAGGACGGCACGCCGGCGACGGCGUCACAAAUGGCCAAGGACGUCGUCACGUUCCUUAACUGGUCCUCGGAGCCAGAGCAUGACCAGCGUAAGAAGAUGGGCUUCCAGGCAUCGAUCCUGCUUGCCUCCAUGCUCGCGAUGAGCGUCUAUGUCAAGCGGUACAAGUGGGCUGCUAUCAAGACUCGUAAGGUAAGUGAGCGAUCAAGCGAGCUUGUUUGGAAGUGGGAUCCUGGGCGAGAGCGUCUCGCUGACGGGCUCUUUAUUGUGUGUCCACGCUCCGCUCGCAGCUUGUCUACUCGCCACCCAAGGAGGCCCACUAGAUGCACAAGUGCAUGGAAGGGGGGGAGGGUCGUUCCCCUCUCGCCCGAUCUCGCGCCUGGUUCCCGGACGCGGAAGGAUGGUGACUGCGUCAGCCAGUUGGACGGAUGCCUGCCACGCUUGCUAUCCGGCAAUGUCGUCCUUCGCAACCCCGUCCUGUAUAUUCGUUGUCGUGUUCAUUGUCGCGUGUGUACAAGCAAGGCGAUUUUGUGA